AUGCCCAGAUAUCCUAGCUAUGGCGACUCCGAGUCGGAUUUCUCCGAAACUGACAUAUCCAUGGCCAAUCUGCCUCGCCGAAGAACAAGGGUCCGACAACGUUCGAUAUCACGAUCCCGUUACCCUCAUGGUAUGCCUGGUGCCUUCGAGUAUGACUAUCUGGCUCCUCCUACAGAGACGGCCCUGACUCCUCGCAUGGGCCAUGUCACGGAAACCCACAUCCGUCGUUCUGCGUCUACGGGCGCUCGCCGACGUCGUGAACGCGGACCUGAUAACUACCGCAGCGAAAGUCCACACACGGUGAUCGUGGAUAUUAAAAAUAGCAAUGACAACAGGAGCGCCAGUAAGAACCGCAAGUCCAAACAGAAAGUCCAACAUGUCUAUUCGUCAUCAUCCGACGAGGAUCUCCGGCCUCAUCAUCGUAAUCGUGAAAGCGUUGCAGCUGCCGGUGGUGCAUACGUGAGAGGUAUUUCUUUGUCCCGCGAGGCCUCACCGGCCCCGCGUGACUAUGAACUGAUGAUGAAUCAGCGAGUGCUGGAGAAGAACGACAGUAGGCAAGAUAUCGAGUUGGUGAGGCUGCAGCAGGAGAUCGCGCGUUUGGAGCGAGAGCUCGCUCAUCGUAGCGAACACCGUGACCAACGUCUUCUGAGACAGGAAGAGGAAGAUUAUGAGAUUGAGCUUAAUGAUCGGCUUAAGAGGCUACAGAAAUAUGAGAGGCAGCAGCGAAGGGAAGAGGAGAGACGCGAUGCUGAAGCCCACUUCAAGAUGGAACAGCAACGAAGGGAAGAGGAGAAACGCAGUGCCGAAGCCCGCCUCAAGAUGGAGAGAUUUGAGGAGUCGGAGCGUGCAGCUGCCGAACAGAAACGAAGGGAAGAGGAGAAACGCAAUGCCGAAGCCCGCUUGAAAAUGGAGAGAUUUGAGGAAUCGGAGCGUGCAGCUGCCGAAAAAGCGCAGAUCCAGGCCAAAUUGCGCGAUGAAAAGAUAAAGGAACUGCAGAAGAGAAUCGAUGAAGAAGAAGAAAAGGACCGCCUCAAGAAGAAACUGCAGGAAGAAAAACUGAAGGAAUUGCAGAAGAAAAUUGAUGAGGACGAAGAGAAGGAGCGCAUCAAACAGGCCAUUCGCGACGAGGAAGCACGAAAUAUGCUCAAGGAAAUGGAACGGAAGAAGGAAGAAGACAAACUGAAGCAGCAGGCCAUCGAGGAAUUCAAGCGGCAGGAGGAAGAAGCAAGGAAAAAGAAAGAGCAGGAACUGCAGGCAGCAGCCAGGCUGAGAGAAGCCACAAUCCAGGAGUACAGGAUGCAGCAACUUGCGAUGGAGAAGCAGGAAAAGGAACGCAAGGAACGGGAGCUCGCGGAGAUGAAAAGAUUGAAAGAGGCUGCGCUUGAGGAGUACAAGCAACAGGAAUUGGCGCGCAUUGAGAAUGCAAAGAAGGAACAAGAACAGAAGGACGCUGAAUUCCGCGAACGACUGAAGACACAGUUCGGCUUUUCCGAUGAAGAAAUCGAGGAUAUGAUGAAGAAGAAAGACGGGAAGAAGGAGAAGGAGGAGAAGGAGAAAGAGAGAGAAAAGGAAUAUGACACUCGGAUGACAUGGAUCAAGGUACACCGAAAACACCUUCUCCCGGAAACUUUGAUGGCCUAUCGUUUACCCUGGGAAUGGGACGAGCGCGAUAGUAACUACAUUAUCAUCAAGCAAUGGAUACCCGAAGACUUCCAGGAAGAGCUCUUCGCCCACACGCGCCGUCUCCGCGAAGGAAGACUCGUGACUCAGACUUCGAACACUACCACCGAGCUCAGGGUCAACGACCGCCGCAGGGAUAGGCUAUACCUCGUUCGGAAGAAGAGUCCCGGCCGACGGGCGUUCAUCCUUACGUAG